AUGGUGAGUACCGCGCGAUAUUUAUUUACACCCUAGCCACGAGGGCUGGACCGUAGUGAGUUGACAUGUGCCCGCAACAUUUCGUCAUUCUCACAGGAUUACACAGACGUCGACCCGCCUCGCGGGCGCUCGUCGCUAUCGCCUGCCGAUGGCCACGCUCGAAGUCGCUCGCCCCCUCGUCGAUCAGCAAGAGACUCUGCCAGCCGCAGUCCGCUGCCCGAGAGAUCCCGUCGCGACCGUGACGAUGAAAGCCCACGCCGCAAUGGCGAUUCUAGCCGCAAGCGUAGUCGUAGUCCGGACUACAGGUCUCGGUGAGUAGAGUGUAUACAGCAAAAGGCUCUCGCUAAGUGAUCAAGAAGGCCUGCAAGCGCACACGCGAACACAAGAUUGUACGCAGUUCCCCUCUCCAAAGGGGCUGCUCACCAGUCUUUAGAUCGUCGUAUUCAUCGGCUCAUUCGAAUCGCUCUCUACCCUCUCCGCCCACAGCGAUCGCUCUCCACGUCCACGCACGCACCGCCCUCAACCGGGCCAGGAACCUGAGCCUUCCAAUGUGGUAGGCGUUUUCGGACUGUCCAUCCGCACCACCGAAGCAGAUCUUGAAGAACGCUUCUCUACAGCUGCUCCUGUAGAAAAGGUCGUGAUUGUUUACGAUGCUCGAGUGAGUAGCAACACGCCUUGUUGACGACUAUCUGCAUUGCAUUCUUACACGCACUUUUGGACUUCAAUCUCCAGAGCGGCCGCUCUCGCGGUUUUGGCUUCGUCACCUUGGCCGAUGUCGCUGGUGCUGAGGCAGCUAUCAAGGAGAUCAAUGGCGUGGUGAGUAUCAGGAGAAGAAACGUUCAAGCGCCCUGCCCUGUUGUUGCUCACUUCGUGAAAGACCGCUUUUUAAUCAGGAGCUCCACGGGCGCCCUCUUCGUGUCGACUUCAGUACGACCAGAAAGCCUCAUGACCCAACGCCUGGAGAGUACCGCGGCGUCGUCCGUCCAGAUGACAGAGCUCGCCCUCCUCCCGGCUUCCGUCCACCGCCACCUGGUUUCUACGGAGGAUAUCCGCCUUAUGGACCAAUGCCGCCGCGAGGCUACGGUCCACCUCCUGGGCCUUACGACUAUUACGCGCCUCCUCCUCCCUACGGUGGCGGCUUCUACAGACCUCGACCUCCCCCGUCGCACCGCAGGCCAGCUGACAGCGCCUCGGAAUGGCGUCGUCGCCCCAGCCCACCUCGCCGCCCCACCGACUCGAGAGACCGCUCUCGCAGCCCUAGCCGUCGUCGUCGCGAUUCGGGAAGCCCGCCACCUCGCCGCCGUCACCGCGACAGCCCAUCCCGCGACUAG